AACAUUAUUGAAUUUUACCAGGUUUAAUAAAUAACCAACCAUGAAGACACCUACACUAGUCUUGGCCGCCAUACUGGCCAUGGCUGUGGUAGGUGAUUCUUCCAAAAUGGAGAAGAUUCUCAAAGACUUGGGGUUUCCGGCAGAAGAGGAAACCUUUAAUGGCGCCAGUGUGACUCCUACAAGCCAGACGCCAGAAAAAGAUAAAGGGGAAGAUUUCACCAUGGGACCGGGCAAAGCUCUGGACCUUGUAAAUUCAAUAACACUUGCAUCACAUGGAUCUGGACAAAAAGGCAAAGCAUCAACACAUGAAACCACCAUGCAGCCUACGAAUAAUGUACCAGAGGCAUCUGUGGGAGGAAAAGUCACCCCGACACCAGCAAACCCUACGAUCCAUGAGAAUGCUCUCACUCCUACAUCAGAGAAAGUCGGACCAGAUGGCAGAGAAACCACAGUUGCCGUUAAUAUGAAUCCAACAAAGGAGAAACCUGAGAAAGACGUAGCGAUGAGGUUCACCUCGAGACCGGCUAAAGUUCUGGACCAUGUGAAAGCUGAGACUACUGCGUCAGAGGAAUUUAGUACAGAAGAAGUGACUGAGGGUAUGAUCACGAAACCCACCACAGCUCUUGAUCCAGCGAAUGCAAUCGUUUCUGCAUCAGAAAACGUUGGGCAAGAAGAUGUUGUUUCUCCUGACAACAGCUACGAUUUGUACGAUUGGUUUAACUAUGAAGAUACCGGUUCAGGAGAAAACUAUGUGUAUGAAACUGACGACUACUACAUAAAUGAAGAAAGAGGACUGCAUGAGACCAUUGAAGACGUUAUUUCUCCUGAAAUGGCGGAGGAUGUAGUGUAUGGUAUUAAAGACUACUCGUACAAAGAUGAUACAAGCACAGAAGGACAAAACAGCGUGUUCGAAAAUGAAGAUUACAAGGAUGGAGAAAGUGGACUCGAUGCGACUGUGGAAGACGUUAUUUCUCCUGAAAUGGUGGAAGAUGGAGUGUAUAGUGUUAAAGACUACUCGUACAAAGAUGAUACAAGAACAGAAGAUGGCAGCUUUCUUGUAAAACAUGGCGAUAACAAGAGUGAAGACCACAACUAUAAAGAUGCGGGCUCAGCAGAUGGUAGCUUCCUUGUAAAACAUGGCGAUAACAAGAGUGAAGAACACAACUAUGAAGAUGGGGGCUCAGGACAAAACGGCGUGUACGAAACUGAAGACUACAAAGAUGGAGAAAAAGGACUGGAUGCGAUUGUUGAAGGUGUGCUUGAGACCAUGGCUUCAAAUCCAAAUGAAUCGACUGACGAUCCAACUUUCAAGCGGGGUGUUUUAGAUCGUCUCCCUUCACCGCUCAAACAGCUUUUGGACAAAGCAAAAGGUCUUCAGAAAUAUACGGCGAAAGCAGAAGCUGUAGCAUAUCUGAAAGACUUAGCGAAAGGCAUAGGAAGGAAGGUCGCUGACAAGCUUGGCGACAGGAUCGCGGCAGGUGUAUCGGAAGACCAUCAGGAGAAGGUGGUGAGCGGUCUGCAGGACUACCUGGGAAAACAAAGUGACAAGUUCGACGAUGAGUACAAAGAACUGCUGAAGGACACCAGUGGGCUGGCAGCGGGUUUGAACCGGCCUGUGGAGGAGGCGGACAUCCAACUUCUUCCUAGAGCAGGAGCCACGAUGGGGAACAUGUAUGCCCCGCCAGGCUGGGAGAUCCGACAUAAGUACAAGUACAAGGAAGACAGUGACAAGAGCAGCCCAGCUGGACAAGCAGCACCUUUCACAUAUCCAGUCGGACUAGGACCAGUUCUGAUGAACGGCUGCUUCGGGACAGGCUAUAAGAAUGGAGACCCCUGCUAUAAGGCCAAGAUACCACUGCCAAGUUGCCCUAGGCUAAUAGAUGGUGCGACCUACCUUGGCGUCGGUUUCGAUGCGAGGGGUGUGUACUCGGCUGAGUCCCGAAAGAAGAGCCUGAUCCAGAGAUCAUGCAACAACCUCCAAAAAUUCGGCCAGAAUCAAGUCCCAGAUUCAAUGACGGUACAAGGUAUUUAUGACACCGAUGUGGAGUCCCGCACUUUCAGCUCAACUGAAGAAUACAGGCACUACUUGGAGGAGAAAUCUGCCGUCACUUCUGCCAAGGCCAUGUUCCAGGAAGAAAUCGACAAGGCUUCUGGACACGGAGUAGUAGGCCCACCGUUUGGACUAGUUGGGGCAAUAGGAGGAGGGGAAUCUAGCAAAAAAGGAAAGGUCAAAAAUAAAUCAAACUUCACUGCCAGCUCUUCUGCUACAGGCGAGCUGAAUGAGAAGCAGGCACAAACAUUUAUGGCAAUGCUUGAAAUGAACAUAUUCAGGUAUGAGAUUUUCAUGGACGACGUUAAGCCGGAACAGCUAAAUGUGGGCUUCCUGCGAGAUUUUAUUUCACUGCCUGAAUCCUACUUCUCCUUCGGUGCAGAUAUAAUAUUCCAAAAUUUCUACCUCCGCUGGGGAACACACUACAUCAAGUCAGCCAAAUUUGGAGGCCAGCUGAAGAUCAUCAAAACAAAGCAAGCUACACAGGACCUGUCGAUGUCUGAAUUCGCGACUAAAGCCGAGGAUGACUGGAAGAUGACUCUCAGCACCUUCUCAGCGCAGACGUCACAGACCAAGUCCAGUAGCUGGUGGCACGAGCACGAGUCGAAGACUGAGUCAAAACAGUCCAAAGUGGAGGCAGAGUCUGGUUCUGCAACAAAGGCUAGGAAAGGCCAGGAGAAACAAGCGUCAUCGCAAGAAUACAGUAACGAGUGUCUGGUGGUUCAAGGCGGAGACCAGAAGAUCGCCGCUGCCAUCACGGAGAUGUACACGACAGCCCUAACAACAGAGCUGAAGGACUGGUUAGAGUCCAUUGAAGACAACCCUAAACCGUUUUCCUUUGUGUUGAGACCUGUUGCAGAUAUACUGAAUAUCCCAUUCGACUUGCUCUUCCCUGCAGGAGAGGUGGACUAUGGUUGCUUUGGUAGAAGAAAUCUGACUAUAGAAAAGGGAACGGGCAGGAAAUACUACACACAAAAGACCACGAAGCCAAAUGUUGGUCACACGGCAGCCGAUAAUGGUACUGAGGCUGUAAUGAUCUCUGAGAUACGUUAUUGUGACUUCGCUGACCGGAAAGAUCUCAAAGACAGCAUGAACAAGAAAAGACUAGCCCUGGAACGUGCUGUGACGGUGUACCUUGAAGAGGGUCGUCUCCUGAGUUCAAACUUCCUCCUGCCCGCUGGAGAGGCAGGCUGUGAAACCGCUAUGUUGACGUACCUGCAGGGAGACAACAAAGGCGUGCCUACGUGGAAGGAAAUGAUAGGUGGAAAGGAGUUUAUGGUCAUUUUUGACAUGCCGUACGACAUCCUUGCCAUCAUUAAAGCACGGGACGUGCUGCAACUCAAGUUCUCUCGUCACAUGUGGGUCUCAACAAGGGGAGCUGCCAUCCCUCAUUUAUAUGACAGCUACGACAACGGAGGAAGUAACGACGUCAAUAAUAAGAAGGUCAGCGUCCAGGGCCUUGUUAUGACGUAUAAUGAGAAGACCGGUGUCUUCACGGUCACCAAUGACGACUACAAAGCCUCGGCUUCCAUUCUCCCCGACAUACCAAAUUGGAUCAAAUGUCGUAAAAUUGCCAGAGCUGAGUACAAAAAGCUGCUCAACCACCUGGGCCAGAAAACUGACACAAUGGGAGAUGUUCCGUGCGUUAUACAAUGGUCCAACGCGCAUCGUCUUAAUCCCACUGGUGAAGGAAACUGCAUCCACUUCACUGCAGCCACUGAGGGUGACAUCUUUGUUGUGUUUGCAAGUAUUCCGCAGAACUAUGAAACGUGGGUGUACUUACAAAUCUCACCAGAGGGAGUAGCAUUGUACAAGGCAAUGCGGCUACAAACCACCCAGCUGAAUGACAACGCCGGCGGUCUGGGUUCGGCAACCCUGUACCAGUCGUACUUUGUCUGUGUGACUGAAGAUGAAAAUGAGAAAACCACAGUCAUCCAAUAUGGCAAAAUGCCAGACAAUGAGGAGCGACCGCAUGUGUGGCUGAGCUUCACUUUCCAUGAGUUGGCGUACCUUCAAUACUAUUCCUUUGGCAACGGGGGUUCCCCUGUCAAAGUGAUGGGGCUGUCACUUAUGGAUAAGCCGGCCAAGGACUUCAUCAUCUGCCGAGAAGGGACGGAGAUGAUCAACGGGGUCUGCCGGCAAAAAUGUCACCCAGAGUGUAAAGGAUGCCGCACAAGUGGAUCCAACUCACCAACUGACUGCAUCGCCUGUAGACACCUGAAGGUGUACAAAAGUGGGGAAAUUGGCCCAUUUGAGUGCCUUGCACAGUGUCCACAACAUAUGAAGGCUGUCACUGCUACUAAAACGUGCACAUGUAUUAAGAAGAUGGAGGAAGCCCGUCCCGACGGUACUGUGGACUGUGUGACGGAGUGCCCUCUGACCCACUUUGAUGACAAAAACGUGUGCAAACAAUGCAGCAGCUUUUGUAAAGACUUGAGUGCAUGGAAAAAGAGGGUCUGCUCUGGUCCCGCUUCAACAGACUGUGACACAUGCAAGUAUCAACAUGAGGGUCGCUGUGUGAAAGGGUGCAGACCUGGGCAGAAAGCUGUGAAGGCCGGAGGUACAUGUCCACAAGGCUACACAAGGUACCAGCGAAGCUGCUUCAAGGUCUUCGGAAAUCGUAAAAACUACUACGGGGCCAAGCGAGUUUGCCAGACAGAUGGUGGAUCUCUGGCUAUGCCUAAGGACAGUUCCACCAACAGUUUCCUACUCAACCUGGGAAAUAAGAUCCGGGGUGGCCCUUUUUUCAUCGGGCUCAGCGAUCAAAACGCAGAAGGGCAAUGGCGCUUUGCUGAUAACACGCCUUUAGGUAGUUUCACAAACUGGGAUCCAGGUGAACCCAACGACUCGCAUGUAUCAGGUGAGGACUGUGGGGAGUUGAAAUCGACAGGGAAGUGGAACGAUGUGAAGUGCCACUCGGAAAUCCAAUACAUUUGUGAAGUCAGCCUUACAGCUAGUCACCAAAUGGGGGGCUUCAUCUGCCACCAAUGUCGUCCCGGCUAUGAGUGUAAGCUGGGGGACGAGCGGGAAGUCAUCUGUCCAGCGGGAACGGCCAGCAACGGCGAUAGGACAAUGUGCGUGCCGUGUGCUGCCGGAAAAUACAGCAGUACAGCUGCGUCCUCGAGAUGUUUGACCUGUCCUGCCGGGCAAUACAGCAGGACAAAGGCGUCAACGAAUUGUAGGGCCUGUCCUUCCGGACUGGUCAGUCGACCACAGUCGUCUAAAUGUACAUGUAAAUCAGGGUACACAAAGUUCAAGCGAAGCUGCUUCAAGGCGUUUCGAGAUACCAGAAGUUACCAUUCGGCCGAGAGAAUCUGCCGGGCGGAGGGUGGAUACCUGGCAAUGCCUAAAGACAGCGCCACCAACGCGCAACUAGUCCGUCUGGGGAAUUCCGUCGCGAGAGGGUCCUCUUUUCAUAUCGGGCUGCAUGACCAACGUGUCGAAGGACGAUGGUACUUUGCUGAUGGGACUUGUCUAGGCAGAUACAAGAACUGGGACCGAGGUGAACCAAACAGCUGGCGUAGAACUAAUGAGGACUGUGGGGAAUUAAAAACGAGGAAUGGGAAAUGGAAUGAUUUGCCCUGUAGCCGCCGUAUCCGCUACAUUUGCCAAGUCAAACUGCCAUAUGGCCACUAUUGAGUGCACGUUGUGGAUGGAUACCACCGGUUUUUCACCCUUAAUGAGAAAAGCAGGGAAGGAGAGAGAAACGGAUAAACAACUCGGCGAUUUUUUUCAAGUAAUAAAUUACUUUUUUAAACAUCCUUUUAAACUCUUUAUAGGGUAACAGUAAGGAUGAUGAAGGUUGGUGAUAACAUUUAUACUUAGAUUUAUUAAUAAAACGAAUAAAAACAUAAAAGAAAUUCCAAUCGAACCUGCCCGAAACGCCCAACCAGGGGACUGCAGAAAAGUGGUCACCUUGAAUAGGUGGUCUCAUUGAAGAGGGUCACCUCACAAUAUGACUAAAGUUUUAAUGAAAAAAGUGUAAAAAUCUUUAGAUCUGUGGUGAAUACACAAAAAAAAAAAA